UGGAGGCCAAGAAGCCGGCAACGGAGGAGUGCACAUAGAGCUAAAGGAGGAGGUGGAAAGGCUACAGGAAACUUUAACCGACCUCCGUACAGACACCGAGCGCAGAAAACGAUUGGAACAGGCCCGCGUGACCUGAAAUGCAAGCUCCAAGAAGCAGAGACUCUUUUAAAACGAGCGGAAACCAAAUUGAAAGAGAGAGAGGCAAAAGCCAAAGCCUCCAAAAGACACUUUCAAGCAGCCCGAGCUGAAGUCCAAGCCUUGGCUCAGCAACAAGACCAGCUCAAAGCUGAAUUUGAUACAGUGCAAAGAGAACUGAAGUAUGCCUACCAGGCUGAACAAAGUGGGGGAAAAGACACCACUGAAUCUCCCCCGACAAGUUGGAACAGACUUCCCAGUCUCCACAGAACCCCUACAACGACCCACGUCAUGGCUCCCAAGGACAUUGACAAGCUGGCCAGAAACAUCCCCAUGUUUACCCCAAACCCUGCAGGAGGACACGACGUACAUGCCUACGUGCAGGAUAUUGACUUUCAUUUGGAAACCAUGGUAAAUGUUUCCACCAGAGACAGACUGUAUUUGCUCAGGAUUACCUCCAGCCGCGAGGUGCGCAGCUUCCUGGACCGGCAGUCAGACACUGUAAAAAGGGAUUACAAGCAACUGCAGCAGGUUAUAAUAAAGGAGUUUUCAGACCCAGAGUCUGAGCAGGGACUGGUUGCUGCCAUGGACCUCAAACAGGGCCGUCUCGAAACCCCACCGGCUUAUUAUAAUAGACUGAGACAAACCUACAUUGGGGCCAGAAAUGAGCCAGAAAUGGAGGAGGAUUUUAACUUUAGAACUCUUUUCCUGCGUAGCCUGCAUCCUAGUGUAAGUCAUCACUUAGGAGAUAUGGCAUGCCCCCGCACCAUGACCACUCAACAGCUGCGGGACAUGGCCCAUAAGGCCUAUGUUAAGCACAAGACUACCUCUGAAAAGACUGUUAAAAAUCCUGUUAUUUUCCCUGUCUCUGAACACUACCCAGAGCUGACUCUAGAGGGCGCCAAACCGCAUCACAGUGCUAGGCCUGGUAACAGAGAGACAAGGGACUUUACAGCCACUGAAUGGUAUGACUACUUGGGUGCUCGAGCCAAGCAUCCGACAGGGCACCCCGAGAGGCCCAGGGGCAGACCCCGCUGGUCAGACGACCCAAGGGACAGUGCUGCAUGGGAAACUAAUCGCCGACCUAGGCGUCACCGACCCGCACCAGCAGGCACAACCAGCCCAAACAGUCAUCUGAGGAAUGCACCUCAACGCCCCCGAGACAAGCCCAAUUCUCACCUGUCCCCAGAGCAGAAAAGUACAGAGACCUCAGAGUCGGCAGAGAUCUUGAAGAUAUUAAAGGAGUUGAUUCAAAAAGGGCCUAACAAGCCAAACGAAGAGGAUAUGCCAGACUCCUCGUGACUACAA